CUCGCCAAGUGAAAUUAAAUCAACGUAAUGACUACGGUGCUGUUUAUUUUGGUUUAUUUUGCUGUAGUGAGCUCUGCAGAAGCACUUCCUGAAACGAUCAAUGGUCACAAAGUAGAAAUGACACCUACAAACAUAAUUCAGUACAUACAAUUCAGUAAUGUGUCAUACGACAUGACAGACUUUACAGUGUGCACUUGGAUUAAAAUGACAAAUAUCUCUCACUCUCAGACUAUUUUCCGUCUGAAUAAUAAUAAACAAGACACGGUAAUCUUAUGGCGGCUGCACGUCAAAUCUAAACAGAUUGUGCGUGUGACUAUCAAGGGCAAAGUCGUUGCAUCGGAAAACGUUCGGUUGACCAAAGGUCAGUGGAAUCAUCUGUGUUUCCAGUUAAAAAGUUCCACUGGUGUUUGGGCCAUGUUCGUGAACGUGAAAAUUCAUUCAGUAGGACAGCUACCGUCCGACGAAGGAAGCAGUGACACAACAAUGGAUGUUUGGAAAUUGCAGGGGACAGGCUAUGGGAUAGUGGGUGAUGAUAACGCACCCUGUCUGAACCGAUUGCAAGUGUACGGAUUGUACAUGACUGGUUCAGUGGUGGAACCGGUAACGUCGCGGCAAAACGGUACUACCACUAGCGGAAAUGCGACUGUCGCGAGCAGUGACGAACAACGAACCGUGAAACGAAUACGGUCAAACGGUACAGCGGCCAAAAACAGGCGUCAAGUGGUAUACGAAGACAUCGACGAUCCCACGGCAACUACACCGCCGCCUCAACCCUUUCAAUGGAUAGGACGAGCUUUCGCGCUCAUGAAACGCUUGUUUACCUUCGUCAUCAUUCCGUUUUUUAAGUUUGUCCGGAAUACGUUCUUUCAAACGCGCACAGUAGACGACACAGUGGUUGACGUGAGCGAGACGCGACUGACUGUGAGCGACGUUAUAUUAGCGCACGACUUACCGGACGAUAUCGAAGACGCACCACCGUGUUCGACAUCCGCCACUAUCCCGUCUACCCCUCCUUCUGUUCUACAACCAGACGAUAAGCAAAGACCGGCACGUCGCGCGGACAUCGAUCCAUGUUCAUCUGCAGCCGUCGCUCAAAACAUCACCGGCAAUGAUCUCGUAUCGUCAGCCAUUAGUGAAGCCAUGUCCCCCAACACUAAGCGGUACUUACAGUUAGUCAGUAAAAGUUUAAGCGAUUUCGGUAUCACCGCGUCGUUUGUUAAGCAGUCGUACAGCUGCUGUCAGAAACAAAUAGCGUCUCAGAAAACUAUCAUUAACUGGCAUGCCACUGCGGCCAAAGUUAUCAAUGCGGUUAAGUUUCCGGCAUCACCGACUUGCGGACAAUUUUGAAGUUUUUCUUUACUGCGUUGUAAUAAAUGAUUAUGUGUAGCAGUUUUUCAUAUUAGCCAAAAAUAUUAAAAAACACACAUCAUGGUAAAACCAACACCUUCUCAACUUUGGAUAGAAGCUGAAAAAAUGUAUUUUUGAUAUUUGUCAUCAUCAUCAUUUCCAUAGCUUUUAUUCCAACUAUUUAGGAUCUUCUGUAUCUUAUGAUAUAACAGGUUUUUUACACUGACUGUCUUCCUGACGAAACCUCAAUACGGCCAAGGAAGCCUGUGUAAGAGCAAUGUGUAUGUGACUGUUAAAGUUUCCGUAUGAUCACCCAUCCAGAUACUAAUAACAAUCAGCACAUCUGAACAUCAGCGCUAAGACGACUACUGAUUGAUAGGUUGCGUCACAACAUGUCUCUAUUCUUACAUAUGACACAAGUUAUUAAAAUUCAUUAUAAUCAAAUGAUUAAAAAUCAAUUGACCAAUUGUUUUUUAUUUAUAAAUAAGUUCUAUAAAACCUAUUUUAUUUAUUAAUUAAUAAUUAUUUUUAUGCGUUAAGUACAUUUUCUUACUUUAUAUUAGAUAACUAUUAGCAAUUAAAAUGAAAAUUUAUCAAUUAAAUCAUUGAUAUUCUUUUA